UUUCAUUCAAUAGCACCUAAGACGUACAUGACUAGAAAGUGGAAGAUUCUAUCUUUUGCAAAAUUCCGCCGUAGUGGCACUAACCGGAGGCCCAAUCAGAAGCCGCAAAACUCUGAAGUCUGCAUCGGCCGAGGACUUGCCGGCCUACUAUCUUUAUUUUCCAGGCCCAGUUCCCCGGUCCUUCUCUCCAUCAAAGCAUCUGUUUUAGCCCAGAAUGUCUUCCCACGAGGAACAGUUUUCUCGUAACAAGAGGAGAAAGCUAGAUAAUUCCCAGGAUGCCGAGGCUCCUGCUAUCAUAACCUCUCACACGCAACUCCGCGCCGUCCUGGCUUUUCAACAAAAUGUUAAUGAAUCCAAGCAAGGUAUAAGAAAGUUCAAGGAUUUCCUUACUUCCAUUGGACAGACUGAGGAUGAGAGCGAAAAAGCCAAAAAGUUCCGCAUUCUCAAAGCGUAUUGCGAUUCGCAAUUCUCAAAGACUAAUGAGAAUGAUGCGGUCUGCUUUACCGAUCUCAUCCAGACCUGGAGCUUCGCGGACAGCAAUAACAACGAGUCGUUGUUGACCGUUGUCCCAUCCAUCCUAGCCCAGUUCUUCAAGACGGUCUCCAGCAAUCUGGACUUCCGGGAAUUCGGAGUGGCACUAUGCAAGUACCUCACCCAAAAAGAACAGCUGAGGCUUUUCAACCGUGGCUUGACAGCCACCAAGUCAAAGGAGCAUCUGAUUUCUCCCUGUCUCCGCCUUCUCACGGAGAUGAUCAGCUUCGAUGGUGGAGCUGCUGCGCGCCACGUCCAUGCCGCACGGUAUAUUACGUUCAAGCGGAUCGAGGUUUUCCUUACCCCUAAUAAAGCCCAACUGGAAGAAGUGUCAGAGGCUGGCAAGCCCACUCUACGUAGGAAUGCUCAGAAGUAUGUCCUUGCAUGCCUGAAAUUCCUGCAGUCAAAUUCGAAGAGUGAUGUCAUCGAGCAAAACAAGGCCAUUAGAGCUUUCCUCGAGUACGUUCGAAAAGACCCCAGGGACAUCGUCUUGGAGAUCAUCAGGUGUGUGGACAAGGAUAUCAUUCAAGAUUCUUCGCUUUCUCGCACGGCAAAGAGCAAAUUCUUCAGUCGAUGGAAUUUGGAGCGACUUGUUACCCUCUAUGGUUACGAUCGUGAAUCGGAGGAGCCCAACCCAACGAACAUUUCCACUGCAGAUGAGAUUCAUAAGAUCCUUAUGAACGUUUGCACGAAUCCCGAACUUGGGGUUUUGCUCCCAGAAAAUGGUUGGUACCCACAGGGAAGUGAUCCCGAGUCACUCCCUGUAGACGAUGAUGCGUUGAUCGAUCUAGGACUUGAUUCUGCUCUCCAUGUCGACAAGUUCGGCCAGACUGUACCUGUCCGCAAUGGAAAUCUGUCUUAUUUGAUCCAAAGUCUUCGUCCGGAUGCCGAUAGUCUCCAGAUUGAGCUGCUAGUGGCAAUAUUCAAGGCGGCCCCGGAGCUUGUGGCCGAUUUCUUCACAAAGAAGACCAUGUUCAUUUCAGACCCCAAGCCAACACCAUCCUGGCUGGCAGUAUCUGCGCUUCUUUUCUCUACCGUACAAUUGCCUGUGCCUACGAACUGUGGUUGGAAAGAGAAGUUGCCCCCGACACCGCCGCCGGUCUCUGUGGUCAUUGAAAACGUCCUUCCACGCCCGCUGACCCAGAAGAUCCUUACUCGCUGCCUGAACUUGAACGCCGAGAUCGUAACUUUGUUCGCGGUUCGAAUCCUGACAAUUGCUUUCAACAAACUGCGGGCUGUUUUGAAGAUUUUCAACUCUGAUCAUGGAAUUACCCAACCAUUGUGGACGCAGGCGGCAAGCAAGCUAAUUGCCGAGUUCAGUCGCCGGUGCCCUGGGGUAAAAGAAGUCAUACUUCUUUUCAAGAGAACGGACAAGGAGGACUUGCAGCAGCAAGAUGCUGUUUCAGAUCUUCUUGCCUCGUUUUACGAAGUGGUGCCGGACGCUGCAUUCGAGGAGGGGCUUGAUGUUUCACUGAUCUUGGUUGACAUUUUGAAACGACUAGAUGAGCAGACCCUUGACGAGGAUGAUUCCGUAUCCCUGCUCAGCCAGUUGCAAAAUAUUCUGAGGAUUAUACAACAGUCCUCAUCUAUGCGUUGGUGGCAGCAACCGGGUAGUAUGCAAUAUUCUGCUUUCUCGUCAAUCUUGAAAGUAUUGGCCGAAGCAGCGUCCAAAGACUCUCUGAGCGAGAUCGACAGCCUACUACGGACAGUCCUCACUGAGAGCUCUGUCUUACAGCACCCUUCCUCGUUCCCCGCGCUUCUUUCGAGCUUCGACACUUCGGAUUCUGAGAGGUACCAGCGUCAAUUAUCCUUCUUCGAUAACUGCGCUUGUCGAAUUGCGAAGAAGCCGGUUCAUUACCAAGACCUUCUUGACUCCCUGUUCCAGGGUGCUUCGAAACCGGUCAGCCAUCUUGUGGCUGCUAUCAUCGAACAGUGGCCGUUUGUGGUCAAGUCUGGAGAUGCGAAUUCUGAGAGUGCAGUGGUGUCCUGGAUCGCCAAAACGCUUGGAAGUUUGAAGCGCGCCGGAGAAGACAGCAAGACACUGAAGAGUGCCCGAGACAAGCUAUUGGACAGCGCCGAGAAUAAGAAGUCGAAAUCGACGCUCAAGAAAGCCUUGAAAGAUACUGAAGAUGCUGGCAGCGACCAUGACAUGGACACCAACGAUUCGUCGCAAGACGCUAAAACUACCGCUGGAAAGGAAGAGGUAGAUCUAGACGAAGUUUUCGGCACCCUACCAACGGAGGGUACCACCCAUAAUGGGCUGCGCCGAUGGGAAAAGGAUGAUAUUGAAGUUGCCGUGGAGCAAGGCCGGAUAGCCGAUUUGCUGCUCUGCUUGUGCUCGGAACAUGAAGAAGUCAGGAAGCAGGCAUUUGCGAACAUAAUUCGCUUCAUGGCUAAGCUCAAGGAGUCUAAUUACGUGGAAUGGCGAUCAGUCUACAUCCUCACCGGAGAGCUUCUAGAGACCGUCAAGCAGAUUGGCCUUGAGGCUCCCAUCCCAUGGAUAGUAGGGGAAUGCGCUUCUAACUGCCUCUCUGUUCUUACGACUCCGAUGCAUAAAAUGUAUGGGAAGGUCAACAAGUUCCUGCAGAAGGCUCCUUGCUGGGAGCCGGAGAAGAUCCCAUCGUACUGGAUCGAUAAGGUCUUCCUGAAUGAGCCCGAGCUUGACGACGGUUAUUUUGACGAAAUUAACUGGCUUCUGGACCUGCUUAUCAAGGGCCUUCGCACCGAGGCAGAUAUGGAUAUCUACCGCCGCGCGAACGUUUUCGAGAGAGCACUCUCAUUCUACGAGUCGCCCAGUGCAGGCUACUCUGCCAAGAGAAAGGUCUUGCAGUUGGUGUAUCGCUCGACGCAAGUACGAGGAAGCACGACACUGAUCACCAGAGCGGGCAUCCUCAGCUGGAUCCAAAGUCAGAUGCCGGCCGUCACGGCGAAAGAGACGCAGACUCUUACGGCCAUUGCUCAGUCCUUGAAGGAAACGUCGGACAGUGACCGGGUUUCCAAAUGGAGUGGAGGCGCCGCCUUGCAAGCGGUGGAGAACCUUGUGGGCUAGACACUAAAAGAGCUGUACGGGUCUUGGCUGUAUAUUAAUUGGCGUCUGAUUUGGGGCAUCUAGAGCAAUCUGUAUCGAUAGAUUUGGUCCGUUCUGGAUAGCAGAUGAUAGGUUGAUUUGAUUUUGCAAUUGUAUCUGUACGCUCCGGUGUCAUCGUUGAGGAAAUGAGACCCAUAUGAUCCCUAUAUGACAUAUCCCAAGCGAUGCUGUGAGUAGGUAUGUACUAUGUAUUUCAAACCGUCUCGGGUGCGGUAAAGAGGCGGUUGCGCAGGGAACACGAAAGAGUUCGUGGGGAACCAUGAAUGGGGAAAAAUCCGUAGCCUGUAGAUUUGGGGGUGGAAUUGACG